UCCUCCCACCCCCGCCCCAUCCUCUCCUCCUCCUCCUUCCCUCCUCCCCUGCGCCGCUCCUCACUGCGGGUCCGCGCUUAGGGGCCCAGAGAGCUGGCGAAGGCUCAGUCUGAGCGCUGGACCGGCCCGAGCCCGGGGCGCCCGCGUCCCCCGCGUCCCUCCUCCUCGUCCCGGCCCCGCGCCCCUGGCUGCCCGGGCCCCUUUUGCGGAGAGGCAGAGACUCUGCUCGUCGCCAUUUCUGGACUGGGCUGCUGCUUUCACUGCUUUUUCUGCGGACGCCUCUGCGAGUGGCGGUGCAGGGACCGACCCCUGCCCGGGCUCGGGGCGCUUCUCGCGCGACCCGGAGCACUGGCCUUGCGGUCUGCUCGUCCGGGCUCUGGAGGCGUUCGGCGGGAUUUCGGCAGGGGGAUCGGGCUGGAAGGGCUCAGGGGAUGAGAGCCCGGCCUCGGCGGCCUUCGUCUUCCAGAGAGGAGGCUCAGAGGAGCCCCUGCUGACUUGAGAGAGACAGAGACACCACGCUGAUUGCUGGGAGGAACUGGAAGACGAAAAAAAAGGAUUCCCAAACUCAGGGAGAAGAGCUCCCUCACCAUGAGUAGCGCUGUGUUGGUGACUCGCCUCCCGGACCCCAGCAGCAGCUUCCACGAGGAUGCCCCUCGGCCUCCAGUUCCAGGGGAAGAAGGAGAGACCCCACCGUGCCAGCUGGGGGCGGGCAAGGGCCAGGUCACCAAACCCAUGCCUGUCUCCUCCAAUACCAGGCGAAAUGAAGAUGGGCUGGGGGAGCCAGAGGGGCGAGCGUCCCCAGAUUCCCCUCUGACCAGGUGGACCAAGUCCUUGCACUCCUUGUUGGGCGAUCAAGAUGGUGCUUACCUCUUCCGGACUUUCCUGGAAAGGGAGAAAUGUGUGGAUACCUUAGACUUCUGGUUUGCCUGCAACGGGUUCAGGCAAAUGAACCUGAAGGAUACCAAAACUUUACGAGUAGCCAAAGCGAUCUACAAAAGGUACAUCGAGAACAACAGCAUUGUCUCCAAGCAGCUGAAGCCUGCCACCAAGACCUACAUCAGAGAUGGUAUCAAGAAGCAGCAGAUUGAUUCCAUCAUGUUUGACCAGGCGCAGACCGAGGUCCAGUCGGUGAUGGAGGAAAAUGCCUACCAGAUGUUUCUGACUUCUGAUAUAUACCUCGAAUAUGUGAGGAGUGGGGGAGAAAACACAGCUUACAUGAGUAAUGGGGGCCUGGGGAGCCUAAAGGUUGUGUGUGGCUAUCUACCCACCUUGAAUGAAGAAGAGGAGUGGACUUGUGCCGACUUCAAGUGCAAACUUUCGCCCACUGUGGUUGGCUUGUCCAGCAAAACCCUAAGGGCUACAGCGAGUGUGAGGUCCACGGAAACUGUCGACAGUGGAUACAGGUCCUUCAAGAGGAGCGACCCUGUCAAUCCUUAUCAUGUAGGUUCUGGCUACGUCUUUGCGCCAGCCACCAGCGCCAACGACAGUGAGAUAUCCAGUGAUGCGCUGACUGAUGAUUCUAUGUCCAUGACAGAUAGUAGUGUAGAUGGAAUCCCUCCUUAUCGUGUGGGGAGUAAGAAACAGCUCCAGAGAGAAAUGCAUCGCAGCGUGAAGGCCAAUGGCCAAGUGUCUCUACCUCAUUUCCCGAGAACCCACCGCUUACCCAAGGAGAUGACACCCGUGGAACCUGCCACCUUUGCGGCCGAGCUGAUCUCAAGGCUGGAGAAGCUGAAACUGGAGCUGGAGAGUCGGCACAGCCUGGAGGAACGCCUGCAGCAGAUCCGCGAGGACGAAGAGAAAGAGGGGUCCGAGCUUGCCGCGAGCUCCCGGGACGGGGCGCCUACCCAGCACCCACUCUCCCUCCUGCCCUCCGGCAGCUACGAGGAGGACCCGCAGACGAUUCUGGACGACCACCUGUCCAGGGUCCUCAAGACCCCUGGCUGCCAGUCGCCAGGCAUGGGUCGCUACAGCCCCCGGUCCUGCUCCCCAGACCACCACCACCACCACCACCAACAAUAUCACUCCCUCCUCCAGCCCGGGGGCAAACUGCCCCCCACGGCGGCCUCGCCGGGCACCUGCCCCCUCCUCGGGGGCAAGAGCUUCGUGACCAAGCAGAUGACGAAGCACGUCCACCACCAUUACAUCCAUCACCACGCAGUCCCCAAGACCAAGGAGGAGAUCGAGGCGGAAGCCACACAGAGGGUGCGCUGUUUCUGCGCAGCUGGCACUGAGUAUUACUGCUAUUCAAAAUGCAAGAGCCACCCCAAGGUUCCGGAGCCCCUGCCAGGCGAGCAGUUCGGCGGCAGCAGAGGCAGUACCUUGCUCAAACGAAAUGGGAAAGGCACCGAGCCGGGCCUGGCCCUGCCCACCAGGGAAGGAGGGGCCCCCGGAGGAGCUGGGGCUCUGCAGCUUCCGGGGGAGGAAGGAGACAGGUCGCAGGAUGUCUGGCAGUGGAUGCUGGAGAGUGAGCGGCAGAGCAAGCCCAAGCCGCAUAGUGUCCAAAGCACAAAAAAAGCCUACCCCUUGGAAUCUGCCCGAGUGUCCCCAGGUGAACGAGCCAGCCGGCACCAUCUGUGGGGUGGCAGCAGUGGGCACCCACGCACCACCACCCGUGUUCACCCAUUUACCCAGGACCCUGCAAUGCCUCCCUUGACCCCACCCAACACUCUUGCUCAGUUGGAGGAGGCCUGCCGCAGGCUAGCUGAAGUGUCAAAGCCCCCAAAGCAACGGUGCUGCGUGGCCAGUCAGCAGAGAGACAGGAACCAUGCGGGCACUGUUCAGGCAGGAGCCACGCCCUUCUCCACCCCAAUUCUGGCUCCAGAAGAUCACAAAGAGCCAAAGAAACUGGCAGGUGUCCAUGCGCUCCAGGCCAGUGAGUUGGUUGUCACCUACUUUUUCUGUGGAGAAGAAAUUCCAUAUAGGAGGAUGCUGAAGGCACAGAGCUUGACCCUGGGCCACUUUAAAGAGCAGCUCAGCAAAAAGGGAAAUUAUAGGUAUUACUUCAAAAAAGCAAGCGAUGAGUUUGCCUGUGGAGCAGUCUUUGAGGAGGUCUGGGACGACGAGACAGUGCUUCCGAUGUACGAAGGAAGGAUUCUGGGCAAAGUGGAGAGGAUCGAUUGAGCCUUGGGGUCUGGCUUUGGCCAACUGUGGUGCCCAAAGUUCUUGUGACCUGUCUUGGACACGAGUGACUGCGACAACACAUUUUGAAGGAAAAUUAAACCAAUGAAGAAGACAAAGUUUAGGGAAGAAUUGGCCAGUGGGCCUUCAGGGGAGGGUGGGGGGAGGUUGAUUUUCAUUAUUCAUGAGCUGGGUACUGAGAUAAGAAAAGCCUGAACUAUUUAUUAAAAACAUGACCACUCUUGGCUGUUGAUGAUGCUGACUGUAUUUGAGAGACUUCCGUAUAUAAUAUAUGACUUCCUAGGGAUCUGAAAUCCAUAAACUAAGACUGUGUAGAGCUGACCUAACAGGAGUUCUUACUGAUAUUUAUUGAACAGUCAGUUCCCAUCCCCAGUUUAUGGAUAUGCUGCUGUAAACGUGGACGGGGGCGAGAGGAAGUUUUAACCGUUCUGUCUAAACUUAGGAGUUAAGCUAGGAGUGCGUUCAUGAUUUCUUCAUUAAAAGAGGAGUUAUGCUUUGCACUGUGUUUCUCCAAGUGAAGACAGACUUUUUAAAAUGGUACCCUACCAUCGCCACAUGCAGAAAUUGGUGCAUCUCCCCCACCCCGACCCCCCAUGCUGCUCUUUUAGUCUUAAAGGUCUUGAGGGUUGACCGAGUUGCAACAUUGCCAACAUUUCGGGGCUGUCAGGUUGGAUGGGAUGGCCCGUUGUGGAGGAGGUGGGGCAGCCUCCUUGUUGGGCCACAUUGUGUAGCCCAGGGACUGGCCUGCCAGCGACACUACCUGUGGUUCAAGCUUGUGCUUUUAUUGAAAUGACAGUUUCUCGGUUUUUGGUGUGUGUUUGUUUUCUUAAAUUAGGCCUUGGACCACAGCCAUUCAGGAAACUACCCCUUCCCCUGCAUAGAAGCGGACAGUUGUGGGAGACCUAGCAGCACCUUUCCUCCAGACACCUUCACUUUGGCGUCCGGGUUUUUGUGUUAAGUUAAUCUGUACAUUCUGUUUGCCAUUGUUACUUGUGUUUUACGUCUUGUAUAUAGUGUACGGCAAAGGAGUGUUAAUCCACUAUCUCUAGUGCUUGACUUAAACCAGUACAGUACCUGUACCUGCACGGGGCCACUCCGUGUGUCGCCCUAUAUUGAGGGCUUGAGCUUUCCCUUGUUUUUUGAAAGGGGUUUAUGUAUAAAUAUAUUUUAUGCCUUUUUAUUACAAGUCUUGUACUCAAUGACUUUUGUCAUGGCAUUUUGUUCUACUUAUACUGUAAAUUAUGCAUUAUAAAGAGUUCAUUUAAGGAAAAUUACUUGGUACAAUAAUUAUUGUAAUUAAGAGAUGUAGCCUUUAUUAAAGUUUUAUAUUUUUCA